CCCUCUCCCCCUCCCCUAAACCCUCUCCUCUCCUUUCCUCUCCUCUCCUCUCCCAUGGCGCUCCCCCUCCUCCUCCUCCUCCUCCUCUCCUUCGCCCUCGCCUCCUCCUACCCCCGCGGAGCGGCGGCGGAACCGACACUCGGAGUCGAAUUCCACCACCGCUUCUCCGACCCCGUCCGCCGCUGGGCCGAGUCCCGCGCCCACCCCGGCGCGUGGUUCCCGGAGAAGGGCUCCGCCGCGUACUACGCCGCCCUCCUCCGCCACGACCGCGACCUCCGCCUCCGCCGCCGAUCCCUCGCCGCCGCCGCCGACUCUGAGCUCACCUUCGUCGACGGCAACACCACCGUGCGCAUCAGCUCCCUCGGAUUCUUGCACUACGCGCUGGUGACGCUGGGGACGCCGAACGUGACGUUCCUCGCGGCGCUCGACACGGGGAGCGAUCUCUUUUGGGUGCCCUGCGAUUGUCAGCAGUGCGCGCCCACCCCCACUUUCAGCUUCGAAAAUCAGCAGAUUGAAUUCAACAUGUAUGAUCCUAACAAAUCAUCGACAAGCCAAAUAGUUUCUUGCAACAGCAGCUUUUGUGAUUCUCAAGUUUCGUGCACUGGAGCCAGCAGCAAUUGUCCCUACACCAUUCAAUACUUAUCAGAUGCUACUUCAUCUUCUGGAAUAUUGGUUGAGGAUGUUUUGUACCUAACUACUGAGUAUUCGAACUCUCAAGUUGUUAAAACUCCCAUUGUCUUUGGUUGCGGAGAGGUUCAGACUGGUUCUUUUCUGGAUGGCGCGGCUCCAAACGGUCUGUUCGGGCUCGGUUUGGAAAAUAAUUCAGUUCCCAGCAUUUUAGCAAACAAAGGACUCGCUUCAAACUCCUUUUCGAUGUGCUUUGGAAGUGAUGGUUCCGGUAGGAUCAACUUUGGAGACAACGGAAGCUCGAACCAAUCAGAAACUCCAUUCAAUAUUGAUAACCAAAAUCCAUCAUAUAACAUAAGCAUAACAGGAAUCCAAGUUGGGAAUAGCUCCUUGAAUUAUGAUUUUAGUGCGAUUGUUGACUCUGGUACCUCCUUCACAACUUUGGCUGAUCCAAUGUACACUGCAAUUACUACUAGUUUUAAUACUCAGGUUCAGGAGAGUCGCCACCAGUUGGAUCCCUCUUUAGACUUUGAAUAUUGUUACGACUUGAGUCCUGGUCAAACUACAGUUAAUUUACCCGAUGUUAGUCUAGCAACAAAAGGUGGAAGCAGCUUCCCUGUAACUGACCCAAUAAUUGCUCUCUCCAACCAGCAAAGUGUAUAUGGAUACUGCCUGGCUAUUAUGAACAGCACCAAUGUGAAUAUUAUUGGCCAAAACUUUUUGACUGGCCUUCAUGUUGUCUUUGAUCGAGAGAGGAUGAUCUUGGGUUGGGAAGAAUCCAAUUGUUAUACUGCAGAGAACUCGACCGGUACUCUCCCAAUAAACAGUUCUGGAGCCUCUCCCUCCGCAGCCUCUGGGCCGGGCAGUCUUGACCCGGAAGCGACAAAGGGUUCACAAAACGGUACCCAGAUAACCGUCGUGGACACUUCAUCGAGCUAUUCUUCACCUUUGAGCGCCUCGAGAAGCGUCCUCUUAGUGCUUUUUGUGCUAUUCUUUGCAGUUCUUUGAGCAGUUUUUGGUUAGGCUGUUCUCAUUUAUGUGAUCUUUUAUCUAUACAUAACAUCUUUAGAUACCCAGCUUCAUAGUAUAGAGAAUUAGAAAUCAUAGGAUAGUUCACAUAGGAUGAUUUUUUUUUUCCCCAUUUACUGUGCUUCAUUGUUCUGUUUGAUUCCUUUAUGUCUCAUUCAUGAGAUAUUGGAUGUAGAUAAAUAAGGUUUUGUUGAAUAAUCUGUAGUGGACAGAGUUACUUAAUAUUAUAGAAUUAUUUUCCAUUGAGGUAUUGUUGGAUAAUCAUUUGUAGAGGUGGAUACUAGCUAUUUUUGUAUUUUCAUUUGAGGGAGUAAUCAAAAGGAAAGGGUGACACAUUACUGUAUCAAA